AUGCUCUUAUGGUGUCGCUCUUUAAAGUGGCAAAUUUUAGAUGAAUGAACAGGGAUGUAGAAGCCAAGUGUAAAGUCGUUCCGACACGGGAACUGUUUUUCAAGUUGGGAGAAUCCCAAUCCUCCAGAGAAAACUCUCCUCCACCUGGGCAAGCCGCCUGGCCAAGGUCCCCCGCAGGACAAGGCGGCAACUUGCCUUUCUCUACUCGGCUUCCCAGCAACCCGGGAACGGAGGCCUGCGACCGCUGCCUGGGCUCCAAGCCGCACUUUUUCUUGUAGCUGGCGGCAAUUGAUUCCGGGCUCCACCUUUUCGGCGCCCCGCCCGUACGCUGGGGGCACAGGUAGAGGAGCUGGCAGUCGCGGCCGCCGACGCGCGCCGAGGCCAGAGUAGCCGUCGAACAUGACCAGCUUAGUGCCCCUCGUCGCAGCGAGUAGCCAACGCGGGAGAAACGACUGGUCUGUUAGUCUUAUAACAGCAUCUUUGGCUGGAGCCUUCGGAUCCUCCUUCCUCUAUGGUUACAAUCUCUCUGUGGUGAAUGCUCCGACAGUGUUUAUUAAGAAGUUUUAUAAUGAAACCUGGGAAAGAAGAUAUAACCAGUCAAUCACUGAACAGUCACUUACCUUGCUGUGGACUUUAUCUGUCUCCAUUUUUGCUAUUGGUGGACUUCUGGGUGCAUUAAUUGUUACUCCAGCUGUCAAGUAUUUUGGUCGAAAGCGAACGCUGCUGCUGAAUAAUGUGUUUGCCAUUGUGGCUGCAUUGUUUAUGGCCUUCUCGCUGCUGGCAGGAAUCUUGGAAAUGAUUAUAUUGGGCCGAUUCAUAAUGGGCAUUGAUGGAGGGGUAUCUCUGAGUGCACUCCCAAUGUAUUUGAGUGAAAUUUCUCCCAAGCAGAUCCGGGGCUCACUAGGACAAAUUACAGCAAUUUUCAUCUGUAUUGGUGUUUUCAGUGGACAGAUUUUGGGGCUACCUGAGAUAUUUGGAAAGGAGUUCCUGUGGCCUUAUCUGUUUGCAAUGAUUAUUGUUCCAUCAACUCUCCAAGUUGGAGUCCUGCCUUUUCUACCAGAAAGUCCUCGCUUCCUCUUACUUGAAAAAAAUGACACAAAAGCAGCAGAAAAAGCAUUUCAGAAGUUCCUUGGAAAAUCUGACGUGUCACAUGAAAUAGAAGAAGUUCUGGAAGAGAGUCGAGUACAGAGAAACAUUCAAGUAGCAUCUGUAUUUCAACUUUUGUGUGACAACACUAAGCGGUGGCAGAUUCUCACUGUAGUUGUAACCAUGGCUUGCUAUCAACUUUGUGGCCUUAAUGCUAUUUGGUUCUACACAAAUGACAUUUUCAAAGGAGCUGGCCUAAAUCCUGAAAUGAUACCAUAUGUUACCUUAAGCACAGGAGCUGUGGAGAUCUUGGCUGCUCUUUUCUCAGGUUUAGUGAUUGAAAGAGUUGGACGCAGACCUCUUUUGAUUGGGGGAUUUGGUUUGAUGGUUUUCUUCUUCGUCAUACUUACUAUGUGUAUGAGUUUACAGGAUCAAGCAGUCUGGCUUCGAUAUUUCAGUAUAGUCUGCAUUCUUGCAAUCAUUGCCUCAUUUUGCAUCGGACCAGGUGGAAUUCCAUUUAUUCUCACCGCAGAGUUCUUUCCGCAGACUCAAAGGCCAGCAGCAUUUAUGAUUGCUGGAAUAACCAACUGGCUCUGCAAUUUCAUAGUUGGACUCCUUUUCCCUUUCAUUCAGGAAGGAUUGGAAACAUACUGUUUCCUGGUUUUUGCUGCCAUCUGUCUUGUUGGAGCCACUUUCCUUUUUUGUGUUUUACCCGAAACAAAAAAGAAAACACUUGCUGAAAUCAACCAAGCAUUUGCCAAGAAGAAAAUGCCUCUGGAAAUCCAGGAAAUGGGUCAUUUUGAUCCUAAGGGAAAAUCAAGUGAAGUACAAGAAUCCAAUUUUUGUCAUUCAUUGGGAAAUGAAAAAAACAAAAGUGAAAUGGCCUAAAUUCAAUUUUACAUUUUUUUUUCAUUUUAAAAAGCUAUUUAUCUUGUGGUUGGAGAGAAGUUGUGACUAGAGUUGAUAAAGAGUCAAAAAAUUAGGAACUGGAUUAUUUGAACAAGAUCAUUGAUUCAUUUAACUAUGCAAAUUCACAUCUGAGCAUUGAGGCAUAUUAAGCAGCUAUCAUUUCCAAUGAACCUUCCUGGAUUAAUUGUAGGAGUGCAGUGACUUUUACCACUAGUUUGGGUUCAUGGUUCAAGUAUGAUUCAGUUUCUCAAGCAUAUGUUUUGCAAAUUCAAAAAUCUAUUUUUUAUUUACAACUUUAAUUAAAAUUCAGAUUUUGUUAUAGUGAAGUUUGGAUUUAUGGAGGGUUUUAACCUUUUGAGGUUAAUGCUAAAAUAAUUAGUCCCAUAUAGAUAACUUCUUAGACUCAUGGCAAUUCUAUCUAUGAGGACAUACUUAAAUCUCAGAUCUUCAGUAUCUUUUUCUCUUGAAAUAUAAUCAGGGCUUUAGGUUUUUGCAGACUAUUUUUAUUUUACAUCUUUGAGUGGCAGUUACUUUGUAAAUCUAGUGCUUACAGUAUCCUUACCCCAAGUCAGCCCAAUGAUGAAAACAUAUCUUGCUUCAUGGUUCAUCUUUAUCAUUAUAGAUAUAAUUUUAUUGUAUCUAUAAUAUUGUAAGGAAAUAGAUACAUUGUAAUACUAGAAUUAGUAGAAACUUGCUAAUUGUUUCUUGCAACAUAUAUAUGUAUGAAAUAUGACGUCUUUGUAUACCUGCAUGCUGUAAUACAAUUUGUUUCCUGUGACACUGACAUAUUGUGCCCUUUGUAGUUAAAAAACAAACAUGCCACAUUGACUAACUUCCUGGACUGUUAUUGAGGCCUCUUGUGAAAGUAACUGGCAUUUGUCAAACUAUAUGUCCCACCAUUUGAUCAGAGCCUUAUCUCUUCCCAUCCUGCCUAAGAACGUAUCUCAUCUUUGAUCUUUCAAGUUCCCUCCACUUCAGGGGGCCAAACAGCGAAGUGUGAACACAAAGAAGAAGGAAAGAGAUAACGCUAAAUGGUGCUUUUCAGGGGAUAUACAAACCAAAUUCCAGGGAUACACAAAUCAAAGAUGCCAGAAUUGAAGGUUUAUGACGUUCCUAAAGAAUAUAAAAGGGAUUCGGAUUCCCUCUCUUGUUUGUAGUUCUUCCCUGCAUGUAUCUUGUAUGUGUUUGGAACAGCUAACCAUUUAAGCUUGAUCGAGAUUAAAUGCUAUUUUACUCAAGCCUCUGUUUAAGUUUCUUGUUUGGCAGUUAUGAGCUUAAACAUAUUGGACCUUACAUUUUUGGCGCCCAAAACGUGGGGCUUGAAGGCAAUGCUUUUCUUCGAGGUAGCUACAUUUCGCCUCCCACAAUACUGAACCCCAUUGAAGUUCAGCAGGCCUUCAAUAUGGUGGGUAGGAAAAACUGGCAUGGGCCACAGACAAUGUCAAAGAGUGCUCCCAGUAAGUUUGAACUGGUGAUGGUGGCCUGGACAAAUGCCAGCAGAUCCUGAUUCCAGCCGGACCUGAACGCCACAUUGAGGCUUGAACUGG